AUGCUGUGGCCGCGGCUUGCGGCGGCCGAAUGGGCAGCGCUGGCCUGGGAGCUGCUUGGGGCCUCAGUUCUGCUGAUCGCCGUGCGCUGGCUGGUGCGGCGACUGGAGAAGCGGCCGCGGGGCCUGGGCAGGAGCCCAACCCCCGCCCCGCCUCCCCCAGCGGCCUCGGGCCCGGACUCAGGUGAAAUGACAAUGGAUGCCAUCUUGGCUUGGCUGAAACUCCUAAAUCCAGAUGAUCUUAGAGAAGAAAUUGUCAAAGCUGGACUGAAAUGUGGACCCAUUACAUCCACCACCCGGUUCAUUUUUGAGAAAAAAUUGGCUCAGGCUUUACUAGAGCAAGGAAGAAGACUGCCUUCCUUUCCUCCCCUCCACAAGGAGGGAGGUGCCACAGCUCUCAGCCAAGACAAACAAAGGAUUUUGAAGUCUGCUGUGGAGAAUGCAAUUGACCAGCCCAGUUUUUCUGAAGACAGAGAUUUUGGUUAUAGUGUAGGCCUGAAUCCUCCAGAGGAAGAUGCUGUGACAUCUCACUCCUGCUCAGUACCCUUGAGCGCUGCGGCUGGCAUUGACACCCACAGAGCUGGAGUGACUGCCUCUAAGGAGCCUCUUCUGUACUAUGGGGUGUGCCCUGUGUAUGAGGAUAUCCCAGCAAGAAACGAAAGGAUCCAUGUGUAUGAAAAUAAAAAGGAAGCAUUGCAAGCUGUUAAAAUGAUCAAAGGGUCCCGAUUUAAAGCUUUUUCAACCAGAGAAGAUGCUGAGAAAUUUGCUAGAGGAAUUUGUGAUUAUUUCCCUUCUCCAAGCAAAACCUCACUACCUCCUUCUCCUGUGAGAACGGCACCAGUCUUUAGCAAUGGUGGGUUGAAAGAUGGUUUGUGCUUGUCUGAAUCAGAAACAGUAAACAAAGAACGAGCGAAUAGUUAUAAAAAUCCCCGUACACAGGACCUCACUGCCAAACUUCGAAAAGCUGUGGAGAAGGGAGAAGAAGACACCUUCUCUGAUCUUGUGUGGAGUAAUCCCCGGUAUCUGAUUGGUUCAGGAGACAACCCAACUGUUGUACAGGAAGGAUGUAGGUACAACGUCAUGCAUGUUGCUGCCAAGGAGAAUCAGGCUUCUAUUUGCCAGAUGACUUUAGAAAUCCUGGAAAAUCCUGAUUUCAUGCGGCUGAUGUACCCUGAUGAUAAUAUGGACAUGCUGCAGGAGCGAAUCUCCUAUAUUGUUGACCUUUACCUCAACACCCCUGACAAGGCAGGUUAUGAUACUCCAUUGCAUUUUGCUUGUAAGUUCGGGAAUGCAGAUGUGGUCAACGUGCUUUCUUCACACCAUUUAAUUGUAAAAAACCCAAAGAAUAAAUAUCAUAAAACACCCGAAGACGUAAUUUGUGAAAGAAGCAAAAAUAAAUCUGUGGAACUGAAGGAGCGGAUCAGAGAAUAUUUAAAGGGUCACUACUAUGUGCCGCUUCUGAGAGCAGAAGACACUUCUUCUCCAGUCAUCGGGGAGCUGUGGUCCUCAGACCAGGGGGCUGAGUCCUCUCCUGGUGGCCGCUAUGGAGGCAGCCCCAGAGAUCCUGUGCUGACCCUGAGAGCCUUCGCAGGGCCCUUGAGUCCAUCCAAAGUAAGCUGCUAUGGAACCUCUGGAAUCAGUGCCUGGUUGUACCCACCCCAUCUUGGGAGUUCCAGCCUAUUGCUUUCUUGCAGGGAGCUAGCUCAUGAGCUGGGGUAUCCCUGGGUUGAAUACUGGGAAUUUCUGGGCUGUUUUGUUGAUCUGUCUUCCCAGGAGGGCCUACAAAAACUAGAAGAAUAUCUCACUCAGCAGGAAAUGGGCAAAAAGCCUCAAGAAGAAACAGGGAACAAGGAAGCAUGCUGCAGAGACAGAGUCCCCAACUCUGGCAGUGGGAAGACGUGCAGCAAUUCCAUCUCUGUGGGGGCAUUUCUAGAUGAGGAUGACAGAAGCUUGGAAGAAAUUAAAAAUCAGCAAAAUAUAGCUCGAAAUACGAUGCAGCCCACAAUCAGUGCUUCCAGAAACCCAGAAUGCAACAGUCUCCUCUUGGAACAGAAGGCAGACCUGAUAGAAGCCUCAGAACUGGACAGUCCCCAUAGUAGCAGAAACGGGUUUUAUAAUCCUCUGAGUCACAGCCAGAUGCUGAGUGGGAAGAGACCAAAGGGCCUUAGUGAGGAGGAAGGCCAUCUUUCAUCUGUCUCUGGUUUGAGUGUUGAGUUUGAUAAACUGAAUUUGCAAAAUCUGGGAAGUAGCUUAUCCAAGGCACCAAAUAAAAAUAUUACGGAAACUAAAGAUAAGAAGAUCCUGACUUCAAGAAUGGGCACAGUAGAAAGUACCUUGUUAGCACCUCCUUCUGCUACAGACCAACUUGGAAAUAACCAAAGGCAGACAGAAAGUGAAAUGUCUGCCAGAAUUGCUAAAAUGUCCUUGGGUCCUAGCAGCCCUGGGCACAAGGCCCGGGUCAGAUGUGGUCCUGAGUCUCCUGCUUCCAUCCGCAACAUUAGGGAACCUGCCAAGAGGCUCUUCCUUUUUGGAGAGGAGCCAUCAAAACUAGAUCGAGAUGUCCUGGCAGCUCUUGAAUAUGCAGACAUUGACCCUUGUCAGUACCCAGCUGUCCAUAGAUGGAAGAGCGCUGUCCUGUGCUAUUCACCCUCAGACAGGCAGAGUUGGCCAAGUCCUGCAUUAAAAGGGAAGUUCAAGGGUCAGCUGCCAGAUCUUGGUUGCCCUCACAGCUGCAGUCCAGGAAGAAGUCCUGCUGGGAAUAGCCCUGGAAGACCUGGCCACACCACCUGCUGCCCUGGCCUAGGCAGCCCUGGGCACUACAGCCCCGCACGUGGGAGUCAACUUCGAAGGAUGGCGCGCUUGGCCGAGCUUGCUGCCCAGUAGGGUUGGUGCUCACUGCUAAGCUCUUGUUUUGCUUUCAUUUUUAAAGAAAGGGUAAUACGUUACAGCUAAAAUUUCACAAAAGAUUACAUUCUGAAUAACUUAUUAAUCUUUACUUGGAGAGUGUAAAAAUUUUAGAAAAUGCAAGUGUUCUAUAACAAAUUUAGGUUUCUGGUAUUUUGGAAAAGGUUAUAAUGAAAGCAAACUCAGAUACAAAGUUUUUGAAAAAUGUCAUUAUAGUAAUGGUACAGACUCUUUAAGUAGAUUCCUAGGCUUGAAACUGUAACAGAAGAAAGGGUGUGGAGGCAGUUUACUGACAGGUGGUCAUGUGCUUACUUAGGACCUCUGAGCAAAUGCUCUGGCAGGAAAGAUGUCCCACAGUGCCUGCACUUACCAUAACUCGUUUUGUAAAACAAAAUGAAUUGUAUGUCAUCUUGGCUUUUCCUGGGGGUGCCUCCUAGACUUUUUGAUACAGGAUGAUGCCAAAACCCCUCUUGGUCUGCCAAUUGACCCCUGUGGUUUAGACAAGGGAGAAGGUAGAGGGCAGGGAGUUGGUGAACCCACAGUAUGUCUCAGACUUGCAGUGAUGUUUACAAUUUGGGUCAUUAAAAACAUCUAAAUUAUUGAUCAGAAGAUAAAAGAAGCUUUUCUCAUAGGUAAAAUCUUUUAGCCAUUGGGAGUUAUGCAAAUAGUCACACAAAAUUCACCAGCAAUAAUGAUAAGGUGUUUGUUUUUAUUUUUCACCAGUAUUUGAGUUUUCAGUCUACUUUAUUUAGUUGAUGUAAUAAUAAAAUAAUCUGUAAAUUGUA